AUGACUGCGGCCGCAGCCUCCAACUGGGGGCUGAUCACGAACAUAGUGAACAGCAUAGUAGGGGUCAGUGUCCUCACCAUGCCCUUCUGCUUCAAACAGUGUGGCAUUGUCCUGGGGGCCCUGCUCUUGGUCUUCUGUUCUUGGAUGACGCACCAGUCCUGCAUGUUUUUGGUGAAAGCUGCCAGCCUGAGCAAGCGGAGGACUUAUGCUGGCCUGGCAUUGCACGCCUAUGGGAAAGCAGGGAAGAUGCUGGUGGAAACCAGCAUGAUUGGGCUGAUGCUGGGAACAUGCAUUGCCUUCUAUGUUGUGAUUGGCGACCUGGGGUCCAACUUCUUUGCUAGGCUGUUUGGGUUUCAGGUCACGGGCACCUUCCGCAUGCUCCUGCUCUUUGCGGUGUCCCUGUGCAUCGUGCUCCCGCUCAGCCUGCAGAGGAACAUGAUGGCCUCCAUCCAGUCCUUCAGUGCCAUGGCCCUCAUCUUCUACACCGUGUUCAUGUUCGUGAUCGUGCUCUGCUCCUUCAAGCACGGCCUGUUCGGUGGGCAGUGGCUGCAUCGGGUCAGCUACAUCCGCUGGGAGGGCGUCUUCCGCUGCAUUCCCAUCUUUGGCAUGUCCUUUGCCUGCCAGUCCCAGGUCCUGCCCACGUACGACAGCCUGGAUGAGCCAUCAGUGAAAACCAUGAGCUCCAUCUUUGCCUCCUCCCUCAACGUGGUCACCACCUUCUAUGUCACGGUGGGCUUCUUCGGCUACGUGAGCUUCACUGAGGCCACCGAGGGCAACGUGCUCAUGCAUUUCCCCUCCAACCUGGUGACCGAGAUGAUCCGUGUGGGCUUCAUGAUGUCUGUGGCCGUGGGCUUCCCCAUGAUGAUCCUGCCCUGCAGACAGGCCUUGAACACUCUGCUCUUUGAGCAGCAGCAAAAAGAUGGGACAUUCGCCGCUGGAGGCUACAUGCCGCCCCUGCGAUUUAAAGCCCUCACCCUCUCGGUUGUGUUCGGAACCAUGGUCGGUGGGAUGAUGAUCCCAAAUGUGGAGACCAUCCUGGGCCUCACGGGGGCCACCAUGGGGAGCCUCAUCUGCUUCAUCUGCCCAACGCUGAUCUACAAGAAGAUUCACAAGAACUCUCUCUCCUCGCAGGUGGUGCUCUGGGUCGGCCUGGGCAUCCUGGUGAUCAGCACACACACCACCCUGUCCGUGAGCCAGGAGACCCCCGUGGACUUGGCGAAGGAAGCCCCGGGCGGCAGGCUUGGAGAGGCCGAGGGCGCGGUGAAGGCAGAGGCAGCCCCGCUUCCAGGCCAGAAUCCAAUUGUGGACGUGGCUGAGGACGGCCGAGAUAAGCCGAAGCUGCCAAAUGAGAAAGAUGAGGUGGAGCAGGCCCAGAUUAAGGGCCCCGUGAAUGUGCCCCCAAGGGAAGACGCCAAGGAGAAGCAGGAGGAGGCACAGCUGGAUCGCCCUGGUCAAGGAGUUGCAGUACCUCUGGGUGAGGCCCACCGCCACGAACCCCCUGUGCCUCACGACAAGGUGGUAGUGGAUGAAGGUCAAGACCAAGAAGGACUGGAGAAGGAGCGUCCGUCCAAACACGUGGAUGAAAGGGCCCUGGGGGGCAAGGGUCAAAUGGUACCACCCCUGCUGGAUUCAGGACGAGAGAGACCCAGACAGGAACAGGCUUUGGAGGCAGCGGGAGGUCUUCCCAAAGAUCCCCAGAAGGUUCCAGAAGAAAAUGAUCAGCCAGCCAUUGAGCCUGUGAAGGAGGACCUGGGGCUGGGCGACAGGGGCGUGCAUCCAGGGCCCCAGGCAGCGCUCCCUGAGGGGCAGGACGUCCCAGUGGCAGGCGCAGGGGCCAGAGCAGAUGGCGCCCUGCUGCCUGGCCGUGCCGUGGGGGCCGUGGGCAAGCCGGAGGAGAACAAAGAGCCCGGUGGGAAGGCUCCCCUCCCGGAGGAGAAGCCAGGCCCGGGGGCAGCGCCACAGGCAGAGCCUCGAGAGCAGAGGACCGAGGAGGGACAGGGCGGGGAGCACGCUGGCAGCAAGCUGGAGGAAGCCGGCCGGGCGGAGAUGCUGGACCAUGCCGUAUUAUUGCAAGUGAUCAAGGAACAGCAGGUGCAGCAGAAGCGCCUCCUGGACCAGCAGGAGAAGCUGCUUGCGGUGAUCGAAGAGCAGCAUAAAGAGAUCCAUCAGCAGAGGCAGGAUGGCCAGGAAGGCGAGGAUGGCAAGUCUGGGGGAGGGAGGGGGGGAGGGGCCGGGCAGGCUGGGGACGCGGACGUACAGCCUGAGCUGGGGGUGGCCGCGCCCAGAGGCAAGGAGCAGGAGGUCCACGACGCGGGGAUGGUGGAGCGUCCCCCGCCGCAGCCUGUGGAAGUCCUGCCUGGCGCUCCUGGGCGUCCCCUCGCUCCUGCCCAGGGGCACAGCCAGCGCUCCAUGGAGGAGCCUGAGGGGGCAGUGGGCAGAGCCCCAGCUGCACCUCCUGGCGGUGCUGACCCGGAGCCCUGGGCAGCUCCGGCGGAGCCACAGGAAGGCUGGCAGGGUGCUGUGCCUGAGGCUGAGGGCGCUGGUGUGCAAGAGCGGGUCCCUGUGCUAGAGCCUGCCAGGGUGCCCGGGAGCCCAGAGCAGCGUGGGGUUGGGGAUGUCCCAGGGCAGAGCCGGGAUGUUUUUGGUGGAGGCGCCCACGAGGAGAAGAAACCCGGGAAGGAGGUAGCAGCUGCUGGUGCGGACGCUCAGGAGGCAGAUGUGCCGGGGGUAGGGGCAGCGAUUGGGGCCCCUCAGGUAAAGUCCCAGCAAGCGAGCCGAGACCGGGCACCUGGAGGCAGGUCGGGGGUAGCAGCCCCCCAGGCCCAGGUUGUGUUACAUCAGCCGGAACACCGGGCCGACCCUGCUGGAGGACAGGGUGGGCAGCAGGGUGGGCAUGUGGAGAUGAGGAAGGAGGCCCCCGGCAGGGAGCAUGUGCCUGCUCCCAGGGAGGACACCGCCGGACAGGAGCCCAAGCAGAGGCCAGACCCUGAGCUUGGGCCCAAACACGCCAUCCCUGGAGAUCAGAAGCCGGACAACGCCAAACCCAACCGGGAUUUGAAAGUCCAGGCGGGCUCCGACCUUCGGAGGAGACGGCGGGACGUAGCUCCUCUGGGAGAGACAGGGCUGGCCCCAAAGGACGGUGUCAUCAUCAGCUUCAACUCACUGCCCGACGUGCAGGUCAACGACCUCCGCAGCGCCCUGGAGACCCAGCUGCACCAGGCCGCUGGGGGCGCCCUGCGGGUGGUCCCAGGCCGCCAGAUCAAACAGCUGCCUGGGACCCUGGAGGAGGCUUGA